AUGGCCCCAUUUGUGCCCUACCACUACUCAGCUGGCCAGUCGACUAUUGUCAAAUUUGGUGGCCUUCUGACCACCGAAUUUCUCGAACCUCCACCAGGCCGUUGCUUUCUGUUCCGACAGACAUACCGCCACACAGUUGAAGGAUCAAUUCCGGAUAACCUGCGCAAGCUCAUCAACAGCCCUGAUCGACCAAAGGGUCCGCCGCCGCAUUUCCAUCAGUUUCAAACCGAGUACUUCCGUGUCGAGAGUGGAGUACUCGGGAUUUCAGUGGAUGGAGUUGUCCGCCGCAUCACCCCGGAAGAUGGAGAAAUCUCGGUGAAGGCAGGCAGUGUGCAUAAUUUCUUCAUUCAUCCAGAUUCCCCCGAGAGCAUGACAGUCUACUUGAGUGCAUCUGACUCCGGAAAUGACUACCAGCUCGAUCGGGUUUUCUUUGAAAACUGGUACGGCUAUUGGCACGAUGCAUUGUUGCAUGAUGGAGGUAUCGAUUGGAUUCAGUUCCUCGCAAUCCAAGACGGCGGGGAUGCCUAUACACCCGCUCCCGCAUGGGUGCCCUUCCGUCGGCAGGUCGGAUACUGGACCUGUGUAAUCGUGGGCCGAUGGAUUGGCGGACUCCUAGGGUACAAGCCCUUCUUCCGAGAAUAUACUACGGAUUGGGACUUUGCCGUUGCCAAGAUGAAGGGUUCCUUCUUCCAGCGACAUCUGGUGCAUGCUGCAUUCGAGGAAGAGAAACCCUGGGCGAAACAGGCAGAGCUGGAACCCAAGGCUAAGCCUGAAAAUGCCGAGUUUGAGCCGUGGGUUGAGGAUAUGUCCCCCACACCAUUGGCAUUGGGUCCAGUGGCCUACGAGGAGGGGCAGUUCAAAGGCGCACAGGCCAAGUCGCUGAAUGGGUCCAACGGUCACUCCACAGGGGUGGAAAGGAAGUUGGAGCAGUUGGGGUCUUCGACACAGCGACGAACAGUGGUCAACAAUGCGGACAAGUAG